CAAGAAUCUGUCCUUCAUUCUGAUGUGCUAAUGUUGCUAAGAAAUCGACAAAGUGGCUGUUUCAGUAUUUUUAAUCAAAUUCUUGCGAGGAACAACAUUUCCCUACACAGCAUUCACAUAAAAUGGCUGUAGAUAAAAUUAAUACUUUUCGCUUAAUUUUUCAUUUAGGUACAGUUUUGCAUCAUGCUUUGGUAAUUUAUUAUUUAGCUGAUGCUGUAAUCUGUGUGAGAAAGAUAAAUAAUCCCUGGAUUCAACGCCUUGAAAGAUUUCAAGGAAGAUUUUUAACAAUGUGGAAUUUUGCAAUGCAGGCAUUUUAUUACACUGUGUGUAUUUUACAAGAUACACUAGAACUGAAGUCAAAUAAUCAUUUGCAAGAAAUGAAUCACUAUGUAAGGAAACUCAACAGUUAUAUCUUCCAGGCCUUUGUAUUUCCAUUAUCUCCUGCUAUAUCAUUGGUAUUUUGGAGUAUAUAUUUAAUAGACCGUGAACUGGUAUUUCCUAAAAUUUUGGAUCAGUGUUUUUCUGUUUGGUUAAACCAUGGCCUCCAUACAGUUAGCAGUGUGAGUGUAUUUACUGAAAUGUUUAUAACAUCUAACUGGUAUACUAUUUCACGGCAGAAGGCUGUUUGGGGUAUCACAGCAAGUCAAGUUGCUUAUGCUAUAUGCUUCUUUUCAACAUACUACUUUGAUGGAGUAUGGCUCUACCCAAUAUUUAUAACAUCUACCUGGCCACUACGUAUUUCCUUAGUACUUCUAAUAUAUGUAUGGACACUGGUGACUUACGCAUUUGGUGAAUAUUUGAGUACAAGAAUUUGGGGUUAUGAAAUUCAAAUGCUGAAAGCACAGGAGACUUCAAAAAAGAACAAGCAAAUCUAGAUUUUUGCAUACAACUAUGAGAGUAAUUUCAACAGCACAUUCAAAUUUACACAUAGUCUUAGCAAAAGACUGUGUACAUCGGUCUUACAUGUCACCAAACUCACUCAUUAUUUUGUUAAAAUAAAUUGUUCUGAAAAAUUAUACUUUAAAUUAUGUGAUGCCUUAUAUGUAAAAUUAAUUUUGCCAGUGUUCAUUUGGAUCAUGGAAAACUGCAAAACUGAUUUUGCUUCAUAAACUGGAUUAUCAAGUUUUUGCAUAUUUUGCCAUCUUACACAACAGACUAAAAGUGUACUGUUUUGCUGUAUUAUCAAGCAGUGCGAUUUAAAAAUAAUCACUAAAAUAUUGAGAAUGCACACAAAAAAUAUUUCAGAAAUGAGACUUAUGUAAUUUUUUUCAGCCAUGAGGGGCAUAGAUCUGUGUGGUAAUCUUUCCAUUUUUCAUUUCACCUACGCAAAAUUUGAUAUAAAUUUCAACUAUUUUAAUAUUAUUUCUAGAAUAAGUAGCUAGAUGGGGAUGUAGAAAGACCCAUGGAAUAAAUGAAUAGUACAGAGAAAGAGCUACCAAUAUGCCUAAAUCAAUAAAGGACAUAGUAACUCAAAAGGACAUUUCUACAAAACAUCAAGUUUCAGGGGAAUUUAAUGACUAAUACUGAGUAUAGUGACAGCACUUGGGAAUAAAAUUAAAGCUACAAGUAUAUCUACAAGAGAUGUACUUGCUGUCCAACCACCAAAAGGAAAUGUUUUCAUUGGAAUACUAAUGCUGAGAUUUAAUAAAAAAAUUCCUUCCUCCUUA